AUAUACGUACACAGAAAUGCACAAAGUGUAACGUUGUGCAUAACUUGAUUGGAACAAUGUGUGUACUAAUGUUGGCUAGAGUUAGGAUUAUUUUUCAUCACUAUGUCCAUGCUUUGGUAUUCUUUAAUUCAUGGCUGAAAUAUUCACCAUCUGCGUACUUUUUAGGUUGAUGACAGAAAACAAAACUGAUGCGUGUAGUCGUGGAUGUAAAGUAAGACAGAGAAAAACUUAUACGUUAUAUAUAAGUUGUGAUUUACAAUUGUGUAAAUGCGAAUAUUAGUUUUUUUUCGCGAAUAUUAUUAUAUAUUUUUUUCCUUUGCCUUUACGUCCAAGACUACGACGCUACGUCUCGUUCUCUGUCAUCAGGUUAAGUUUUUUAAUUCAUUAUUGAGAAGACCAGCACCACAUUUUGGAAAAGAUCUGGAUAUUUUAAUAAAAAAAGGGUACUUUAUUUUUAAAGUAUCCCAGAUAGCACAAAUUUCCAAAUAACUUUUUAAAGAAUUCCAAAAGUGUUCUGGAGGACUUGGGAACUCUUUUGGAACUUCUGUUUCAGAAGUCUUUCAGAGAUUUGUGUGUGCUAUAUGGGAUUUUAUUUAUUUUAAUGUAUUUUGUAUAUUAAUAGAUUGUUUAUUAAUAGAUUUUGUAAUGAAACCAACCUACAUUAUUUAAUUAUUUAUUUCAGAUAUAUAUAACAUGUAAAAUAACAUGUGCAAAAUGUCACAAUUAGAAAUGGAAGAUAAUAUAAUUAUAGCAAUUGCUGCUGAUUUGUCAUCUAGCUCUGCUAAUACCAGUUCAAGUUCAAAUAUUUUAAAUGACAGCAUUAGUGAGAUAAUCGACUCUAACGAAUCUGAUACAUCUUCCUCAAGCGAAGAAGUUGGAGAUGAUAUAUUAUUUCCAUUGUAUCAACUUCUCAUGCGUGGAAGGAGACGUAGCAAAGUUCAAGGCUUCCUCGACACUGUUCAGUUAUAUAGUGAUACUGUAUUCAAAGAGCAUUUUAGAUUAGCGCGACAUACAGCAUAUCUUCAAAUAAACUUGCUGCAGCAAAGCGAUUUUAUCCCAUCUCAUUCUUCUGGUGUACGUAAAAUCUCUGCUGAGUGGAGUUUUCUUAUAUUUCUUUGGUAUCUCGCAAAUACUGAACCAUUACGAACCUUGGGAGAUAGAUUCGAUGUAUCCAUAUCCUCGAUUUUUCGUGUAAUACAUCGUGUUGUGGAAUGGCUCCUAUCAAGACUGGAUGAAGAGAUAAUAUGGCCAGAGAGAAAUGACGCGAUUCUCAAGACAUCUCAAAAAUUUGAGGCAAAACGAGGAAUACAAAAAUGUAUCGGAGCAAUAGAUUUCACGCAUAUCACAAUUCGACAGCCUGUUGAUCAUCCUACAGACUAUUGCAAUCGAAAAAGGUUUUUCUCUGUCAUAUUACAAGGUGUUGUUGACGCAGAUAUGAAAUUUACGAAUAUUUACUGUGGAGAACCAGGUUCACUGCACGAUGUACGUGUUUUAAGAAGGUCGUUACUCUAUAUUACUGCUCAAGAUAAUAUAAAAAAUAUUUUCCCUAAUGGAACAUGCAUAAUAGGUGAUUCAGCCUAUCCGUUGCUACCAUGGCUUGUACCACCAUUCAGAAAUAAUGGAAAUUUAACAAUACAACAGUCUGAAUUUAAUGUUUUACAUUCUUCAACGCGGAUGGCAGUAGAAAGAGCGUUUGGCUACUUGAAAGGACGUUUCCGUCGUUUGAAAUUUUUAGAAUUACUUAAUAUCGAAUUCAUCCCAAAAUUAAUAACAGCCGGUUGUAUUAUGCAUAAUAUUGCUAUAAAAGAAAAUGAUGAGAACGAAUUCUUUGCUGAUGACAUUAAUGACUCUUUCAUAGAUAAUGCCGCGAAUGACAACUGUGAAAUUAACAAUUUGCAUGUUAACAGAAAUAGAAAUGAAAUAAUAGAUCGGAGAAUGCAAAUGUUCUAUGAGCUAUUUCCAGAUUAGUUAUAAAAAUGCUGCAAUUUAAUAAUUUUUGUAAUUUUUCUGUUUACUUUUUAAUUUAAAAUUUAAAAAAAUACAAAUUUUUAUACUUUGAGGAACAUCUUUUUAUUUAUUUUAACCACAGCCUUUAAAAACAUGAAUAUAAAAUGUAAUAUUUUGAUAUCUACAUUUUUUACAUUGUAUCUAAUGGUUUACA